CAGCUUUCAUCUUUAACUCACGUCAUCUCUUUUCAUCCGUACACUUCAAGUCACCAUCUGGGUUCUCAGCAGCUCUUGCCAUCUUUCACUUCGAGACUGAACCUUGCAAAAGUCUCAAAGUCACUGAUAGUCUUAUAGAUAAAGGGGGUUUGUGUUUUGUUGUUUGAUUUGUUGCAAAAAUGGGGUCCGCUGUGAAUGAGGAUGAUUUGAGGGUGGACAAGCUGAGUUUAGUUCAGAAUGGUGAGGUUUCUGGUCAUGAGAAUGUUAGUACUAGGCGUUUGGUUCGAGAGAGAACAUGUGUUUCUAAUGAAGAUGUGGAUCCUCAGUAUAAGUUGUUAUUGGAAAACUUGAAGAGAUAUGGAGGUUCAUAUGCAUUAGAGGUUGUUGGAGAUGAUGGGGUUUCUGAAUUGAUAAGGUAUCAUCAAGAGGAUGGCUUGGCAAGGCGGGUUGUGAGAAGACGCGUUUCGGAUGAAGAUGUGGAUCCUCAGUAUAAGUUGUUCUUGGAAAACUUGAGGGGAUAUGGAGGUUCAUAUGCAUUAGAGGUUGUUGGAGAUGAUGGGGUUUCUGAAUUGAUAAGGUAUCAUCAAGAGGAUGGCUUGGCGAGGCGGGUUGUGAGAAGACGCGUUUCGGAUGAAGAUGUGGAUCCCCAGUAUGAGUUGUUCUUGGAAAGUUUGAGGGAAGAUGGAAAUUCAUAUGCAUUUGAAGUUGAUCGAGAGGACGGGGUUUCAGAAGUGAUAAGGUAUCACAAGGAUGGGUUCCAGAGGAGGAUCAAGAGAAGAUGCAUUUCGGAUGAAGAUGUGGAUCCUCAGUGCAAGUUGUUUUUGGAAAACUUGAGGGAAGAUGGAAAUUCAUAUGCACUAAAGGUUGCUUGGGGUGAAGAGGAGAUCUGUUUGUAA